AUGGCUCUGAACGCAUAUCUUAAAGAUCUUGUGGAAUCACCAGUCCGGUCCUUAGCAGAUGUUAUUGCUUACAACGAGAAAUACGCUGAAGAGGUAAAAACAAACUCACUUUUUUCUGUUUCUGAAGAAAAUGUGAGAACUGAAUUGAGAAAACACACACAGGAAAAGGUGGAAGAAUGGGGACAAGAUCUCUUUCUUGAAGCAGAAGCAACCAACGGAAUAGGUGAGAAAGAGAAAGCAGCGUUGCAGAAAAUGGAAGAACUUUCCAGGAAUGGAAUCGAGAAGCUGAUGACAGAGCUGGAGUUAGAUGCAAUCGUGACACUUCGUUCGACCAUGAGCCAUAUCCUCGCCAUAGGAGGGUAUCCAGGAAUCAAUGUCCCUGCAGGAUAUGAUAGUGAUGGAGUUCCAUUCGGAAUAACCUUUGGAGGGUUGAGAUUCUCAGAGCCAAAGCUCAUUGAGAUUGCUUAUGGCUUCGAACAAGCAACUUUGAUCAGGAAGCCACCCAAGUUCGAAGCCACUAGUAGGCAACAAAAGCAAAGUUGCUGUUUUCUAUAA